AUUUUCUAAAUCAAUUGGUCAAAGUUUUGGAUGCAAAUCGAAAAUGACAACUUUCGCUCAUACCGAUUUCAAUAGUUCUGCUUAUAGUGCAUACCGUCCCACUUAUGGAAAAGAAUUAUAUGAAAAAAUUUAUUCUUUUCAUAGAUCUCAUAAUGGUAGAUUUGAUAAUGCACUUGAUGUUGCUACGGGAACUGGACAAGUUGCAAUUGAAUUAUCUAAAUCAUUUAAACAAGUUUAUGCAAUUGAUGUUUCUUCCACAAUGCUUCAAAAUGCGAUUAAAAAUCCAGAUAUUACUUAUUCAAUAUCCAGCGCAGAAGAUUUAUCCCAAUUUUCAUCCAAUUCUAUUGAUUUAGUUACGGCAGCUCAAUCAGCUCAUUGGUUUAAUAUAACAGAAUUCUUUAAAGAAUCUUUUCGUGUGUUAAAACCUCAGGGAACUUUAGCAAUAUGGGCUUAUGGUCAAAAUAUUCUGAGGGAUUAUCCAGAUUUUAAACAUUUAACGAAAAAAUUCGUUGAAGAUGAAUUUAGAACUUAUUGGAGUAAAGAACUGGAUACCAUAGGAAAUUUUUACAGAGACUUUAAAUUUCCCGAAGAAAUGUUUCAAACCGUUAAAUGGGAAAUUUAUGAUGGUGAAGAAACUCCAGAUGCCGAACCACUUUUUAUAACUGAAUGGACUAUCCCUCGAUUAGUAAAAUAUUUUAAGACAUGGAGUUUUUAUAAAAAUUAUUUGACAGCAAAUCCCAAUUCUCCGGAUCCCAUUGAUAAGCACAUUGCUGAUCUAACUCAACUUUUUGGAUGGAAAGAUAAUGAAGUGCUGCAAAUUCAUUGGCAAAGUGUUUUGAUUUUAGCUGAAAAAAGAUCAUAAUUAUCUUUUUAUAGAUAAACUGCCAAAAGCCACACUUUACGACGAUAAUAUUUAAUUUUAAAUAAAAUCCAAACCAAAUUAAGAAAGAAUCUAAACAAUGUAUAUUGAAAUCACGAUGAUGUCAUUUACU